CAUAUUCAGGGCUCCCUCUCUACCUCCCACGUCACUAAUAUGCCUGGCACUCGCAAACGACCACUCACAUCCCGCAGGCGGAGGGUGGACGAGGAGGGAGAGGAGGACGGCGAGGUGGCGACAGACCUCGUCGAUGAUUCACAGAGCGAGGCUUCCAUCCCCAGCGACGCGGACGGCGAUGCGGACAAUAGCGACCUCAGCGAGGCAGAGACAGCGCCUUCUCUCACCUCGGCGAAAGCAAAAUCAAAUGCCAUCGGAGCCAAAAACGACGUGAAACCACUCGAUAUCAUGCCGCCUGAUGAUGGCCUCUCCCCGGCGAUUGCGCGAUCAGACACCAACUUUACGGCGUUACGGGACACAGAAGUCAUGAUGAACGGCCUAAAAAUAUCAGAGGGAGCAGCGGGUGAUGAUGAUGGUAUAGACUUUGAUGGCGGAGACGACACCAGGCCUUCCCGCGACACCCCGCAGGCUGGGGACUUUGAAUCUGCCAACCGCCUCGAAACAUUCGCGGAGCGCAAGCGGCGAGAGCAUGAUGAAUAUAAGAAGAAGAGAGACUCGGAUCCAGCCUUCAUACCGAACCGGGGAGCCUUCUUCAUGCACGAUCAACGAUCAGCGGCUGGCCAGAACUUUAGAGGACAAUUUGGACGUGGAAGGGGUCGGGGACGAGGAAUGGUGGGAGGCCCAUUCUCCCCAGCUAACAUGUCCAUGCCACCUGAGACUACCGAUGGUCCUUGGCAGCAUGAUCUCCAUCAGACUGUCAAUGAGAUGCCUCCACCGCCUCGGCCACAACCCGUCAUGCAGCCCACUGCAGUACCGUCCCACGUACCCUCGCAUAACCACCACCAACCCGCCCAUUUCGUCAAACCCGCACUUCCCGCCCCGAAGGCCGCGCCGGUCCGCUCCUUCUCCUCUACUGUUCAAACUGGCAGCUUAAACGUCCGAGUGUCCCUUCUUGGAAUGAAAGCUCCCAUCGUUUUCCAAGGCGUCCCAGCAAAACAACAUACGAGACUCCCGAACCACCGACCGCCCCUCCGCCGUGACAAACCUGUCCGCAUCUCUCUACCCGACCAUCCACCUCGAUAUAUAUUCCCGACCAUCGACAGAUCGUUUAUAUUCAUCCCUCGAGCGCUGCGGCCGAACCAGCAAGGGUUUGGUCGGGGACGUGGCAGAGGGGGCUUUGGAAGCUACGGUGGUUUCUCCAGCCGACGAACCAGCGCCUACGGUGGAAGCGUAUACUCGCCUAGCGUGGCGAUGAGCAGGAGGUCGUCUCUGGCGCGAGAGAUGGGUCGGGACGGACUUGUGUCUCCCACUGGGUCUGUUAUGUCGAGGGCAGGAGGACCUGUGGAGAGGCCCGUUGUUCGACUCCCUCCCGGUGGCCAACAUCCCUCCGGGCCUCACUCGGUCACUUCUCCAAGUGGUGGGACUCCCGUUGUCAAUAUGCCGCCGCCACAGACAUAUCCGCUACCGCAGAAGCCCAGCUUCCGGGAGAACUGGCAAGGUCAGAUUCCCAUGCACCAACCGCGACCCCAGAAGACGAUUUCCGUUGCUGGAAUCGAGUCGCCUGCAUCUAUCAAGUUCCACGCCCCACAGCAGGUGGAACAGCAACCGUUCCAUCAGCAAGUACCUGCGCACAUGAAUGGGGCCAACGGGGCUACCGCAUCUACCGAACCUCCACCCUUCUAUCCCCAUUCGCGCCAACUGUCGUACCCCAGCCAGGGAUCCACCGGUACUCCUCUGUCAAACAUUCCAGAACGAGCCAUCCAUGCCCCAGCCUUCCAGCCGUUCCAACAGCCUGGGUUCCCACCGCAGGCUUUCCCUAUGCAGCCAGGCUUCUAUUACCCUCCGCCCGCAAAUGGUCCACAACCGCAAUUCGCCGCCCCAGGCAUGGUGCCUAUGUUUGUACCCAAUCCUCAAGCCGCCGGCUACGUCAUGCCCGUUCCUCCACCCCCUGCGUCCACCGCGCCCACCUCUGCGCCUCCGCCGACGAUGAUGGCGUACGAACAGAACGGUAUGACGUACUACUACGAUCCGUCGCAGAUGUACCAACAGCCGACAGAAGGGUACGCGCCGGCGAGCUACGCAGUACCGGGUAUGGGUGGCAUGAUGACGCCGAGUCCGGACGGGUACUAUUACCCUCAGGUCCCAGUCCAACCCCAGAGUCAGGUGUUUUACCCGCAACAGUAGCGAGUGGGCCAGCGGGUGUUUAAGGUUCGUUGUAACUGGUGUGGUUUAAUUUAGGGCCUUUUCAUGUUCCUUUUUGUGGUUUCACUUGAUUUGGGCAGGGUGUUCGGGUUGUGCAAGGCUGGGUCUAGCGAGCGUGUGGAUUCUUUUAUUAUUGAGCGAUCAUAUCCCCCUUUUUUCCUUCAUUUGCGGCGACUCUGGGGCUCUCAUGGUUCUGUGUCAGGUCAGGGGGCUUUUUGGAUAUUCUUUCUGGGAUUAAACACAUUUAAUGCGAUGGGGCUGGUGAUCUACUUAAGAUACUUCUUGAGGCCUGAAUAACCCCCUUGCCCUUCAUUUGAGUCUAGAAAAUACCAGGUGCUAGUACACCCAUUUUUGAUCACCUUUCUUGUCGCGUUUGCACUCGUCGUAGAGUCAUUGAGUGCCCCCGGGACUUUCUAAUUAUUUCCUUUCUUGUAUGUCGAGAAUAUUGACC